AUGGCACCCAUUAUACCUGCCGGCCAUGACUGCGGCCACAGCGGCGCCAGAGAAGAGAGGCACAGUCAAGGGGCAAGUCCAGCGGGGGCCAUGACCACGAGAGAAUACCCUCUGGCUCGCCGGUGCGGGCUGCGGCGAGAGCAUGUCCAUGCGCCCAUCACUGCGCUGGCGUUCUACACGCCUGCUGCCUCGGCGUCAGACUCGGCCCGUGGUGCAUCCCGUGCAAGGAGAUAUCUGCUUGCUGCGGAGGACACGGAUCUGCAGAUUUACGAUGUAUCAGCGUCUUCAGACGAGGACUCCCUCCCGACAGUGGGGAGCAACUUAAGCGGCGACGAGGCCAUUCGGGAGGAGAGCGCAGCCCCUGGCGGGACAGCACAUGAGCAGAGGCUGCUCAAGCAAAUACCAAUCUUCAGGGCGCAGUCGGUUCAUGGCAUUUCCAUCCGCUACCAGACGCGGGGAGAGAAGGCCGACGACGAUCGGAUCCUGAUCUGGGGUGGGUACUCGGUCGCCGUGCUCUCAGCCAAGGCGCUCUUUGAGGGAAUAGUUGAGACCACGAAAGGCGACGAGGACGACAUCUGCAGUCGAGGCCGAAGUGUCGAGUAUAUUGCCGAGUUCAGGGCCCCCGACUGGAUCUUCGACGCCAAGAUCUCUCCCUCCGACCGGGACCGCGUGGUCAUGCUCACCGCGCACAACGAGAUCGUCGAGGCGCGAGUCACGCGGUCAGUCGCUACGUCCGCGGCGGGCGGCAGGGACGGAUUGGCCCUCGAGAUGGUCAGCGUGCGCUCCCCGUCGCGGCCGAUCUUGUACGCCGGGAAUCUGCUGUGGCUGGGCACAGAUUGUGUCCUGGUGGCGGCAGGCACCGUGUUCGGCGAGGUCGUCGUGUGGAAGUGGCAUGCCCAGCGCCCGGAACGCGCCCCCUCGCCCCCCAGUGAGCACGAGGUGUGGUGCGAGCACUUGUUUGCGUUCUCGGGACACGAGGGGUCGAUAUUUGGGAUACAGAUAUCGCCCGAACUUGUCGUGCCUGGAUCGGAGCGGCCGGUGCGCUUGCUGGCUACGUGUAGCGACGACAGGACGGUCAGGGUAUGGGACAUUACAGAAAGCCAGAUCCAAGAAAGUGCUGCCGACCUCAAACCGCGCGAUGUCAGUGUGAGUCUGCCGGAAGCGAGGGAGACUGGCUUUGGUCCGAACGGGAACACCACCACCAAACAAGAUGAGCCCACAGGAGGAGGCGGAAAAUCAACACAGUUGGAGGCUGACAGCGCAAGACGAUGCGUGGCUAUUGCUAUGGGGCACAUAUCAAGGAUCUGGCAUGUCAAAUUUGCAGAACCUCGUCCAGGAUCUUCAAAUGUGUUUCCCAUAAACUCAUUCGGCGAGGAUGCCACGGCACAGAAGUGGCACUUGUCCUUUGGGCCGCAGCAGCAGACCGCAACGGCUUCCAGGAACGCCUCGGCCAAGACAAGGAUUUCGACAUUGGGUGAGGCGGCUCUGACGCACCAGGCAAUCUAUCGAAAUCAUACAGGAAAACACAUAUGGUCAAGAGCAGUGUUGAGCCAUCUGGAUGAUAGUGUCACAAUAGCGACUGGCGGAUCGGAUGGCAAAAUCGCACUUGUUCGUGACAAAGACGAGGCCAUGAGUGUCGAUGGACAAGGUUCAUGGGAAAAGACUUACUCUCUGGAGAGCCUGGCCAAGAUUUCAGGAGCCGAGCCUCUCCCUGAGCCCAAACCACCAAUCGUCGAGACCGUCGUAUCGACCCAAGAUAGUGGAGAGGAGAAACCCAAGAAGAAGGUCAAACCACCAAAACCGCCAAAGGAGAGCUUCCAGCGUUAUACCUUCAUCUCCGAGGACAAGCUGCUAGUCAUUACAAACCAAGGCCGCUGCUUUGUCGGCACGAUACAGGGCCAAGAGAUCGAGUGGAAAGCGCUCGCAAUCCCGGAAGGAAUGCGCACAUCAUUGACCGGAUACUCGGUUGUCGAAUCGUCUUUGGUGACAUCAACUGCCUACAUCGGCACGAGUCGUGGAGAGGUCUUUGCGCUCUCAGAUGAAGAUAACGCCACGCCUCGUCUUGUGACCACCGUCCCGGGCAAGAUUGCAGACCUUUUCUGUCUCUCCGAUGAGCAACGGCAAGGGGAACAGCCCAGUUAUGGGCAUGAUACAAAACUCAUGAUUACCGUUCUCGGAGCUGCUACGGCAGCUAUAGUCUCGAUCAGCGGUCGUUGCGCAGUAACCGCGACAGUGGCCGUAGAGCUCGAAAAGGGAUUUGUCACUACAGCUGCGAGUCUGGCUGACGACACUUUAAUACUGGGGUCUCGUAACGGCGCCAUAUCAAUAUUUAGUCGGAACGAGGCUACCUCUCCAUACACGGUUGCGCAGACGCUCAGCGCAAGGCUCACCGACGCCAUCACUUCUAUAGUGCUUUUGCCACGACAGACCGGCUCAAUAGCCAAUUACUUCCUCGCCACUUGCCGUGAUGGCAAGUACAGGAUAUAUCAGAGACGGAUCCCUACUAAUGCCAAGAAAUCUCAAGAAGCCAUUGUGUUACUACAGGAAACAUCGCCACCUUUUGGGCCGCUCAUUGAACAAGCUUGGUUCACCAACAAUGCAAGUACAAACACAAUAGAGCUGAUGCUUUGCGGGUUCCGCAGCACAAACGCCGUCCUCUGGAACGCGACACAGCAGCGCGAGGUGGCAACAGUGGACUGUGGUGGUGCUCAUCGGAGCUUUGCCAUGACCUUGCUACAGAGAAAGAAUCGGAAGCAACAGCAGCAGCAGCAGCGGCAGGGUUCACCCGACGGGUUCCGGUUUGUUUUCACAAAGGCCUCGGAAAUGCACAUAUUCUCCCAAGGCCGAUCGCAGGCACAGACUAUCAAGCCAGGCAGUCACGGGCGCGAGAUCCGCGCAGUGAGCUCUUCUGGCCAGUACACAGCUACAGCCGCAGAGGACACGGUCAUCCGGAUUCACAAGUACACACCUCCGUCGCCCAGCGGAUUCAGGAGCCAAACCAGCGGUGGCGGCUCAUUCCGGUGCGUCGCAACGAUCGAGAAGCACGCGACAGGCAUCCAGGCCUUGCGCUGGCAUGAGAACGAGUACCUCUUUAGCAGUGGGGGCAACGAGGAGUUCUUUGUGUGGAAGGCGAACCAGGUUGAGAGCGACGUCUGCCCGCUGGGAGUCGCCUGCGAGGCCGUGUUCAGGGACAAGUCUGAGAUUGGCGACCUGCGCAUCAUGGACUUUGACGUAGAGCCGAUGAUGGAUGAUGAUGGCGGCGCUGACAACGGCGGAGAGGGCAUGCAGUUCUGCAUCACCAUGGCCUUGUCCAACUCGACGGUCCAAAGCUACCUCUACUCGAGUGCUGGGGGGUUCCGCCUUCUCGGCAGGAGGCACUACACGGGUGCUUGCCUGAUGCAGCUCCGUCAUCUGGGCUUCUCCUCGUCGUCCACUGAUGACCAUAUUCGGAGGCAGCCGCAUGUACUCACUGCGUCGACGGAUGGUCAUCUUGCCGUCUUUGUCGGUGUGCAGCCAGAUCUAGGUAUUGAACCGGUCACACCCGAGACGAUGGACGGAGCGUCUCCACAGGCCAGUCGCGCCCGACACGCUGCUGCCGACAAGACAUCCCUAAUCGCGAGGCUUCAUCAGAGCGGCAUCAAGUCCCUCGACAUGCUUCGGCUUCCUACUUCGUCCCCCUGCGCCUCCUCAUCAUACCUCGUAGUCACAGGUGGCGACGACAACGCCCUCGGCGUAAUGCACCUCUCCUACACCGCAUCAACAGCCAAAUAUAAAGUCCAGGGGAAGUUCAUCGUGCGAUCCGCGCACGCGGCCGCCGUGACGGGGAUCGGCAUCGUGCGGCUCGAGAACGGCGGCCGCGAUGCCGUGGUGGCCAGCACGAGCAACGACCAGCGGGUCAAGACGUGGAGGGUCGUGGGGUGGCAGGAGCCUGAAGCAACCAGGGUCCUCCUCGUGGGCGAUGAGUACAGCGGCGUGGCCGACUCUGGCGAUUUGGAGAUCAUCAGCCGUGGGGGUCUUGGCGGUGAUGGCGAUGAUGGUGAAGCUUUCACAGCAGGGAGCUUCAUCGUGGGUGGUGUGGGCAUGGAAGUCUGGCGCGUAUAG